AUGGGGACUUUUCAUGGAAAGCCAUCUGGAUGUUUGAUGUUUGAGUUGUCUCAUUUGUUGAGGAAGAACACGAAUGAGUUACUUUGGUUGGCUUGUGUUUCCUUGACUGAUCAGUUUGUUCAUGAGAGAUUGACAGAUGAAAGAUACAAAGCUGCGGUAAUGGAGCUUGAACAACACAUCAAUAGUUUAGGGAACAUAGAUAAGAUCACUUCAGUUACUUUAAAAGACGGGACAAAGGUUCGAGCGCCUAUUUGUUCGAGAAUAUUAUACGAAGAAGAGCCUCGGCUUAUGCUUUUAAGGGAAUGGACAUUGUUUGAUUCCAUGAUUUGUUCAUCGUACAUCGCUACAAAGUUGAAGACUUGGAGUGAUAAUGGCACUAAGAAAGUGAAGCUUCUUUUAGCUCGUACGGGAUUUGUGCUUAUCAAGUGUCAGCAAAAGUUUCCGUACAUGAGCCAACAAGUGAAAAGUAAAAUGAAAGAAGAGUUUGAUAGAUUCUUGCCUGAAUACGGGAUGAAUGAUUUCUAUUACCAAAGUUUUUUAAGGCUUCAUGGUUAUGGUUCACGGGUUUCAGCUGCGGAUGUAGUGCACGGUGUUACAGCGCUUCUCGAAUCAUUUCUUGUCUCUAGUGGCUCAUCUGCUUCAAAGCAGUUUGGUGAAGCUUAUGAUGCUCUCUCAUUAACCAAUGUGGAUAAGCUGAAAUCAGGGAUGCAGCAAGCAAUCAAAGUUCAAAGAGCAAUUCUUAGGCAAGGAAGCGCGGCAAUCACCAAAGGUGGAUCUAUUCGAAGCGGAAGGAAGUUCAGGUGGGUGAAGAUUGAUGAUUCCAUGGAUGCUAAAUACUUGGGUUAUCCUCAGGCUUUAACAAAGUUCUGUUACUUUCUAAUGGAUGCUUUGAGAGAGAAAGGAGCUCGAAUGAAACCAAUGCUAUGCGCUUGCGCAUCUCAACAACCCGAGAAAUUACUUGUUGUUGGUGUCUUUGGAAAGCCAAGGCUCGGGGCAGUUCGAGGGAAUGCCUUUGGAAAUGCUUUUAGAAAGGCAGCUGAAGAAUCUAAAGCUGAUUACUUUCAUGAGCUCUUUGAGUAUUCAUGGAUCGUUUUAGAUGCUAACACAGUUACCUCUUUUAUGAUUGCAUUAACUGAGAAGCUUUGA